AUGUCACCCCAGGCCGUGCUGCCCAUCCUGUUUCUCUGUGUGCUGCUCCUUCAGGCCCAGGGAGGAUACCCUUCCCGGAAUAAGAUGCGCAACAUGCCUGCCGGUAUCUGUGGCCAGUGGCCCAGUGUAGAUCAAUGCAACCACCACUGUUCAUAUUUCCAAAAGUGUCCAGCAAAUAGCACAUGCUGUUCCACUUUCUGUGGGAACAUUUGCAUGAGCAUUCUGUGA